AUGGGCAUCAAAGCUCUCAUCGUCGACGGCGUCCGAAAGCGAUACAGUGUCGGCUCCACUGUCAGCACAGUUGUAGAAUGCUCGCUCCGUUUCCUACAGUUUGUUUUCGGCAUCGCAGAACAUCGGCCUACCUACGCCACCUGCCUGGGCACUAUCUCCUCCCUUUCCGCAGUCAUGUACUUCACCAUUCCCCUCGCCAUGCCUGCCUUUUCCCUCCUCCCCAGUGUUAACCUGCCCACCUUGGUUUACGACAGCAUCGUCAGCAUCCUUUGGCUGACGCUUUUCGGCAUUUUUGGCAAAAUGUACAUGACCAAGCACGCAGCGGAAAGGGACGUGGACACCAUCCGUAUGAAACAUUCGGUUUGGGUGGAUUUGGCCCAUUUGGUGCUGUGGGCUGCCACAGCGGCGUGGGCGGGAGCCAGGUGGUGGAAGUUUGGGAAGGGCCGGAGACAGGCGGAGAAGGGGAGUGAGAUGGGUGAGGUUUAA